AUGCAGUCGCCGGGUUCACAGGAACGGCCUUACAGGUCUCAUAUACGACCGGCUUGUCUACCUUGUCGGAAAAGAAAGUCCCGCUGCAAGAUUGAGACUGAGUCAUUAUCAUGUUUAAUGUGCCGGGCACACGGGACCGAAUGUGAAUUUCCAGCCAAACGGCAAGCGAAUUCUGUCCAGGGGAAAAUCAGGAGUCAUAAUUACCGGGCUCGAGAACGGACGAUAUCCGAAGAUACGCCACGGCGUCAGCCCCAUAUCACUCCUUGUGGCCAUGAGGGGAUAGCAGACGGACGUCCGACCACCAUCAGUGAUCCUAAAAACACCAUUAUUGAUGCUGCAUGGAAUGGGAUUAACUCUCCUAAUGUUCAUCCAACUAUUCAUCAUGGCCCCGAUGAGUCCCGGCCGACGCCUCUGUCGAUUGAGGAUACGGAGAACGAAAACCCUCAUAUAAUUAGUCCGGCAAUGACGAGCGACAGUCAGGUGCUGACAGAUUACCUAUCUACUAUGGGAAGCGGUGGAUGUGGCAUACGCCUCAUACGCCCAAAGCAGACAAAUGGAAGCCGGCAAGUUCUUUUCACCGCGGUACAGAAGCGCCCCGUGGGACUUUCCAUUAGUCCUAGUCCAUCGCACACGAAGUGUGAAAUCAUCGAAAAGUUGCUCGGACCAUGGACGGAGAAAAUGAUUGACUUAUAUUUCGAAAAAGCGAACAUAUGUUUUCCCUUAUUAGAUGAGACAUCAUUCCGGAGCCGAUACGCAACUGCCAAGGAUCGUGUAUCGCCAGCCCUUCUGGCAUGUCUUUAUGCCAAUAGCCUAAUUUAUUGGAGGUACGAGCCUCAGCUCGCGGGACAGCAGCCUCCAGAUAUUCGUUUCGUGUGGAAUCUAGCUAGCGAGGCUGCUCAGUCCGAACUGUUCCUAUCCCCGGGCAUGUCUACAAUCACUGCGGUGUUGUUAGAUGUUGGAGGCCGGCCGACAACAGCCUUAGUAGGGAACGGCGUCCGACUUGGCAGUGCCAUAUCCCUAGCAUAUUCUUUAGGCUUGAAUCAUGAUCCAUUAUCUUGGGAUAUAUCAAGACCUGAGAAGAUGUUACGAAUGCAUAUUUGGUGGUCAUUACUCAUACAUGACAGAUGGUCAAGCUUAGCUUACGGCACGCCGCCGCAUAUACAAAGGUCUUUUUACGAUGUUCCCCAGCCAAAAGUAGAAUAUCAGCUUAACCAAGCGGAUUCCCCAAGACGCCUGAGUGCCAUGGCCAUCUUCGUCGCACUUUCAAGAUUAACCGACAUUUUAGAUUACUACUUACAGUACCUCUAUCAAGUCGACAAGGAGGCCGACACGCUGGUUACUAGCCUAGAACUUCGUCUUAAUAGAUGGGUCGAGAGCUUAGACGAUGACGCCCGUCAGGUAAUAACUCGCGGCGCUUCAUUACACGUUCCAGGUGCACCUAAUUUACGGCUAGCAUAUCUUUCCAUUCAACUACUCACUCAUCGUAUACGGAUGGAAAACACUCGAUCUAGAGCGGAGCUAGACGAAGACAGCCUAGCUAAUCAGUACAUACAAAUUCGGCGAACGGCGGAGGAUAUCGUCUGUCUGGUUCAAGAGCUUCAAGAAAAGCAGCUAGGAGAUUUCUGGCUGCCGAUCAGCUCCUUUAUAUUCCCAUCAACAGUCACCUUUCUCCUACGCUGUGCGCUCGAAACUGGGAAAUCGCCUAACGAUCUUGCGGGAAAUAGUUCUUUCAAACUAGCCCGAGAUCUAAUCACCGUUUUGCGUCGCCAUAGAGACACUUCGGGUUGGGACCUGGGCGAUAUCUGCUUAGCACAACAUGCCGAAGUUAUCGAAAAACUUGCGUCGCCGAUACAGACUAUCGAGGAUAGCGCUAGCAUCACAAGUUUUGGAGAUUUGAUAAUUCCGGAUGAUUUAUUUAUGAAUGAUAUUAACGAUAUCUUUGGGAGCUUCUAG